GUUCACAGAAUAAAGACUGCUGUGCUUCCCCAUCAAGAACUGAGGUUUGGAUGGACAGAGAUAAGCGGAGAUUUCUUUGUACCAGCAGGUUCAACCAGUGUGAAGUUAUUCCUACAAGUAACUGAGCCUUCUGUGAACUACUUACUGGACGACUGUAGUUUACAACAGCUUCCUCAUAAUCAACACUGGCAUACUGAUGCUGUCAGUAGAAUAAGUAACAUCAGGAAGGCGUCAGUGUCGCUCAGGAUGGCGCAUGGAACACAAGCUAAUGAUUUAUCAAUACAGCUUGUUCAGCAGAGACACGCCUUUCCGUUUGGUGCAGCAGUAAAAGCAUCUUUUCUUGUUGAUGACGCCCACCAGGUCUAUCAGGACUUUGUCUUUAACAACUUUAACUGGGCUGUCCUGGCAAAUGCUCUGAAGUGGAACCACGUGGAGAGGUCAGAGGGGAAUUCCCAGUAUGAUACAGCUGUAGCAGCAAUAUCGGCACUACAAUCACAUGGAUUGCAUGUAAGGGGGCAUAACUUAUUUUGGGCGGUAGACAGACAUUCACCAAAGUGGUUAUUAGGAAAGUCCCACACAUGUUACAUCAAUGAAAUGAAGAGACACAUCAAUGACAUUGCGUCACAUACUAAUGGAACUUUAGAUCACUGGGAUGUUUAUAACGAAGCAUUACAUGGACGCUACUUUGAGAAACACACUGGUGACCCUGAUAUCAUCCAAAAAAUGUUCCACUGGCUUCACGUCGCUCAGCCCCAAUCAAAACUGUUCCUUAAUGACUACAAGAUUGUAACUUCAAAUCUUUUCACUACGGCUCUAAAGAACCAGGCACUACAGCUACUAAAAGACAGAGUUCCGUUGUAUGGAAUAGGUAUUCAGAGUCACUUCAAGACUUCUCAGAUCCACAAGGAUAUAAUUAAGUACAGAUUGGAUAAAGUAGCAGAAGCUGGACUGAAGAUUUGGAUCACAGAGAUGACGAUUUUUGAAUCAAACAGCACCAAGAAGGCAGCGGCUUUGGAGGAGCUUCUAACUCUGUAUUUCAGUCACCCUGCGGUAGAAGGCGUUCUGUUGUGGGGAUUCUGGGAUGGUGCCAUACGUGAUCAGGAGAGAUCACUAUUUACUGGACCAUCUAUAACGGCAAAUGCUGCUGGACAAAAAUAUUUAGAUUUGGUAAAGAAGACAUGGUGGACAGAUUAUACCCAUACAAUUACUUCCGGUCACGUGUUACAUACCAGUGUGUUUAAAGGAGACUACCAACUGCUGGUUAAGCAUAAUGGAACUACAAUUCACCGCGAAAACCUGGUGAUUGAUUCUGCAAGGAAGGAUAUUACAAUCCACGUUACAGACGACCAUCAAGUAACACAGAUUGCAUUUGGAUAAAGAAUUGAUCAAAGAGAAACCAUUACAAUAUCCUGAAUUUUUAUUAAAUUUAACAUGCGGAUU